AUGUUGCGGGGAUACAAGCACAUUCUUGAGGAUUUUCUGGGUAUUGAAGGAGGUGCCGAUGGUGGUGCUGGAAUUGGAGGAGGUGCAGGUAGUGGUGGUGCUGCUGGAGGCAGCGUUGGAGGUGCUGAUGGAGGAGCUGGAGUUGGAGGAGGUGCAGGUGGUGGUGGUGCCGCUAGAGGUGGCGCUGGAGGAGGUGUAGGUGGUGGUGUUGGGGCUGGAGCUAGUGUUGGAGGAGCAGGUGGUGGUGGUGGAGUUGGAGGCAGUGCAGGUGGUGGUGCUGGUGCUGGAGGUGGCAUGGGAGGAGGUGCAGGGGGUGGAGCUGGUGGAGGAGUAGGUGGUGGUGUAGGUGGUGGGGCUGGUGGAGGUGUAGGAGGAGGAGCCCGAGGAGGCGUUGGCAGAGGUGCUGGAGGUGGGGCCGGUGGCGGAAAAAGGGGUGGAGCAGAUGGUGGCUUUGGGAAAGGUGGAGGUAUAGGAGGUGGUGCAGGUGGUGGUUUUGGGGCUGGAGGAGGUUUUGGUGGAGGGCAUGGGGGAUUUGGUAAGGGUGGAGGAGUUGGCGCGGGCGGUGGAUUCGGAGGCCGGACUAGUCCUAGAAUUGGACGUCGCAAAUUGUGA